GACAUGAAGCAAUUUUUCUGCCAGCGUUCUUUCUUUCUGGUCCGGUGCAUGUGAAGCGAGAGCUGACCAAGACGCAAUAGUUUACUCGUAUGCAUGACCUGCACCUUUGUGUAGCACGAAUCCGAGAUUAAUACACGGAGAUGUCGUGAAUGCAGGGGUCACGAUGGUGUCUCACCCCGACAGAGACAUGGCAGGACACCAUUCUCAAGCCGCCAACGCCAUUCUGCUCUUGUCUAGCCAACGAUCACAUUCUGAAAAAAAAAAUUCAUCUGUUAUUGCCUCCGGGGCAAGUCGAGAGUGCUUCCAUCAGACUACAAGUAUGGCCAAAAGUACUUUGGGUCAGCAUCAAUGCCUGCGGCUUCAGUUCGUAUAUGAACACCUUUCAGCUUCGCUUAUUGAGAUGUUUGCUGCGUACCAUCCUCGAGGCAGGGUUUGACAGGGAACGCAACACAUCCUUACGACUGCGGGACUUCAGUGACCUGCUGGAUCCCAUCUUCAGGACAUAUUCUAUUUGCAGGUUCGAAGAACGACCCUCUGACACGUCACUAAAUUAUAUGUCCGAGAUGUCGCGAGUCACACUCAAUGUGAGACUCUGCGUGAAUGGACCAUGGGUUUUUUUUUAUGGCCCAGUGUGUGGAAGUCACUGACAGAUACACUGACUUGAUGUGUGAAGUCUCGCUCACACAAUGUCUGCCUCCUGCAGACAUGGUAUUUCACGCCGAAGCUCUGACCGUGAAAGAGGCAGUAAGGCUUCUGAAAAGGUUGUGAAUGCUGUUGAAGUGACAAUUUUCUACCUGGAUAAACGUGUCAAUGGCUUGAUAUAUUGGACCUUCACAGCGCCACUCACAUUUGUAUCAACCGUUGUGUUUGACAGGGUGCUUUAUCU